CAACACCAUUUAAGACCCUUUUCUCCUCCACCAACACCCCUCCGGCCGGGUUUUUAUCGUCUGCGGUCUGCGUUUCGUCUCGGCAGCCGCAUGACCCCUUCUCACUCAACAUGGCCCUUCGAGUCAAUAUCCCGCCCGCGACCCGCGUCUGUCUGAUCAGCCUGCUCACCCUAUCCUUGUUGUACAACAUUGCCAGAUGGCGACAGAUUGACACCACCGGCGGUACCCCCUCGGUCACCCCCAUCAUACCCUACCUGACCCUAGUGCCCUCGCUGGUCAUCUUCUAUCCGUGGACCCUUUUGACGGCGACCUUCGUGGAGCAGAACAUCUUCACGGUGCUUCUGAACGGGGCCACUCUCUUCUACGGCGGAAAGUACUUGGAGCGCGCAUGGAGCUCUCGGGAGUUUGCGAAAUUCAUCCUCACCAUCGCGGUAGUCCCAAAUGUGGUCAUCGUUCCUUUAUAUCUGAUCUGGGCUGCUGUCAGAGGGAACCCGACCGGCAGUGUAACUCAGAUCUGCGGCGGGAUAUCGAUCCAAGCCUCUUUCCUCGUCGCCUUCAAGCAGCUCGUGCCUGAACAUACGGUCACUCUCUUCAAGGGUCUGGUGAAGAUGCGGGUAAAGCAUUUCCCAGCCCUCUUCUUGUUUCUGAACACUCUUAGUGGAGUAUUAUUCGGCACGCACGUGGCAGCCAUCCUCUCUUGGGUUGGAUUGUUGACCAGCUGGUCCUAUCUACGAUUUCUUAAACGACAGCCAGACCUCACCGGCACGAGCACAGAUGGAUUGGGCAUCAAGGGUGAUGCAAGCGAGACUUUUGCGUUCGCCUGUCUCUUCCCAGACGUCAUCCAGCCCCCGAUUGCAUUUGUUUCCGACCAGGUUUACAUUCUGCUCGUCACGUUGAAAAUUUGCACACCAUUUUCGGAGGAAGACAUUGCGUCGGGCAACCAGCAAGUUCUCGCGAGAGGAGAGGCCGGUCUCCCAAGUUUGCUGAACAACCAGAGAGGCGGCGCGAGGGGACUGGCAAAGCGGGAGGAAGCCGAGAGGAGACGCGCCUUAGCCCUCAAGGCCUUGGACCAGAGACUCCAGGCGGCAGCUGCGGGGAGAGCACCGCCUAACCCGUCCGCAUCGAACCAGCAAGGGCCCAGUCAAACACAGACAGCAACGCCGACGGUAUCGGCGGGACAGACUAUGCUGGGUGAAACCAGUUAUACGCCCGACCAUUCCUGAAUUGGUAAAGUUUUGUGCACUGCAUGGCUUCUUAGGAGUUCGGUUGCCUGUUUGGGAUAAAAGGAGGAGAUGAAGAAUUGGUGGUUCUGCUUGAUCUUGAUUCAUUCAAGCACGGAAAUUAAAUCCGAUGUAUUCAGGAGUAGGUGCAAGCGUUGGCUGUGAUCUUUCUUUCGACAUGUCUGGAUGUAUAAAUGAAUACUCCAUUGCAUAUUUUUUGAUAAUACCUAGCGAUCAUAUAAUGCUCAGUAGUGGGCGGCGUCGAGUACAAUAAUGAGUCGAAUACCUCAAUAGCUAUGAAUCAACGAAAGCGAUGUCC